UAAGGCUGUUUUGGAAUAUACUCGAAUCUACAAUCAACUUGUUGAGCAAUCAAUCAACAUUUAUUAAGCAUUAACUAUGUGUCAGGAAUAAUGUUAAGAGGUGAUGAUACAAAAGAAGCAAAGAAAAACCCUUUCCCUCAAGUAGUUUACAAUUUAAUAAGAGAAACAACAGGAAAAUAAACAUGUGCAAAAACACUUGUUUGUGCUAUAUAUGGAAUAAAUUGGAAAUAAUUAAAAGAGAGAAAACAAUGGAUUCAGGAGGCUUUCGGUGUAAAAGGAGAAAUUAUAAUUGGGACUUAAGGAAGCUGGAUAAACAGAAGGCCACUUCCUAAUCCUUUUCUGGAUCUCAUAGCCUACACUGGUUAUCUCAUGGACAAUCUUUUUCUUUGGCUUGCAUAGUUUUCUAUACAAUGGAGUUUUCCAAUAGAUGUGUCAACUUAUCUCUGAGUUAUUUUUCUCUUGUUUUCAACACAUAUCUGGCAGAAGUCAAGCAUAAACCAUGCGAAAUCAGACAUCAGUGAAAGAAUUCAUCCUCCUGGGACUGACAGAUGACCCACAGCUACAGAUCUUGAUUUUCCUUUUUCUGUUUCUCACCUAUAUAUUGAGCGUAACUGGAAACCUGACCAUCAUCACCCUCACCCUGCUGGACUCUCACCUCAAGACUCCCAUGUAUUUCUUCCUCAGGAAUUUCUCCUUCUUAGAAAUAUCAUUUACAUCUGUUUCCAUUCCAAGAUUUCUAGUCAGUAUAGUAACUAAAGAAAAAACAAUUUCUUAUAAUUCUUGUUUGGCCCAAGUAUUCUUUUUUAUCCUCCUUGGUGCAACAGAAUUUUUUCUGCUUGCUGCCAUGUCCUAUGAUCGCUAUGUGGCCAUCUGCAAACCCCUACAUUAUAUGACUAUCAUGAGCAACAGAGUCUGUAGCCAGCUUGUAAUUAGCUCUUGGAUAGCAGGAUUUCUCAUAAUCUUUCCACCAAUCGUCAUGGGCCUCCAAUUGGAUUUCUGUGAUUCCAAUGUCAUUGAUCAUUUCACCUGUGAUACUUCUCCCAUGCUGAUGAUUGCUUGCACAGACACCAAGGUCCUAGAAAUCAUGAGUUUUUCCUUUGCUGUAUUAACACUUGUGGUCACUUUGGCAUUAGUGAUUCUCUCUUAUGCAUUCAUCCUCCGAACCAUUCUGAGAAUUCCCUCUGCCCAGCAAAGAAAAAAGGCCUUUUCCACUUGUUCUUCCCACAUGAUUGUUGUAUCCAUCUCUUAUGGAAGCUGUAUUUUUAUGUAUGUCAAGCCCUCAGUAAAAGAAGGGAUGGCAAUGACUAAAGGAGUAGCAGUGCUGAACACUUCCAUUGCCCCAAUGCUGAAUCCAUUCAUUUAUACCCUAAGGAACCAACAAGUAAAGCAAGCCUUUAAAAACAUGAUUAGAAAGAUUUUUUUCUUACAAUAUAAAUAA